AUGGAGAUGUUACAUUUUUGCCAGUCUCCAGAUGACAAUAAUGAACAACACAGCUUACAAAACAAGCUCCGUGCUAACAGAAGUGUUCUUGCUGCUGCCAGCCGGUUCUUUUCCAUCCUGUUACCUGAUUGUGAGUUAGACCUAGAUGUCUGCAUCUCAAUUGAUCUGAGCUUUGAAGAACUGUUUUGUGUUCUUGAAUCAUCUACAGAGCAGCAGCAGCCGCGGGAUGGUACUCGGAGUAGUGGCUACCAGGGGCGUUUCUACUCGGAGAGCUUUGGCGGUGGGGGCGGAACGUCUCGUUUUGGUAACGGAGCCGGGCCAUCCCACCAGCGAAUCGACGUGGGGGCUGGACCGUCUCAUCGGCAGUUCGACGGCAGUGCUGGCUGGAUCAACGCCAAUCAUGGGUUCGUAAUUGAUUGUGUUUAUGACUUAUCGCUUAAGCCUUUAGCAGUUAGUGAGAGAUGCAUUGGCGGUAGAAUUAAGCAUUUUUCGAAGGCCUGGAAAUUAAUUUCGGCUGAUCCGUGGAUCCUCAACGUAGUGAGGCACGGGUUGGAGUUGGACUUUGAAACGCCACCCGUGAUGGUAAAAUUCCCGUGUAACGCGCGCAUGGAUGUCGAUCAGUUAUCGAUAGGAAAUAAGGAAGUAGGAGCGUUACUUCAGAAAGGAGCAGCGGUCAAGGCUAGCAAGAUCGGCUUCGUCAGUUCUAUGUUUAUUAUUAAGAAAGCGUCGGGGGGUUUUAGACCGAUCAUUAAUUUGAGGAAACUCAAUAGUUUUCUGGUUUACAGACAUUUUAAAAUGGAGGGAUUGCCCACCCUUAAGCAUUUGAUUAGAGAAAGGGAUUGGAUGGUCAAAAUUGAUUUGAGGGACGCCUAUCUGACGGUCCCGGUAAAUGAGAAUUUCCACGAAUUUUUACAGUUCUUGUGGGCAGGGAAGUCUUUCAGUUUAGUAGUAAUCUAUUUGGAUGACCUUAUAGUAUUAAAUCAAUGCGAGUUGAAGAUUUUGGAGCAAUACAGUUUUAUUGGGAUCUUAUUGCGCGUCCUGGGAUUUGUGAUUAACGAGGAAAAGUCAGUGGGGACACCAUCUCAGGUGAUGGAAUUCCUGGGACUCAUCGUUAAUACGGUUACCUUGAGUUUUCGGUUACCGUCAAAGAAAGUUGAUUCGAUGGUUGAGAGAUGUGGUCGGAUAUUGAGUAAGCGGAACGUUCCGCUGCGGGUGUUGGCAAGCCUGUUAGGGGAUUUUACUUGGGCGUCAUCGGCCGUUCUAUUCGCGCGUUCACAUUAUAGGGAAGUGCAGUCGCUGUACAUAAACAACUCCAAGUUUUACAAAGGGGAACUGGACACGAAAGUGGAUCUCACUGAUCCAGUGAAAUCCGAUUUAUUGUGGUGGAUAUCCAAUCUCGCCUCCUGCCAGGGUAAGCCUAUGUUCGAGGCGGAACCUACGUUGUCGAUCUGCUCAGACGCGUCUUUGUCAGGUUGGGGGGCGGUCUGCGAAGGCAUUACGACAGGCAUGUCUUGGUCGGAUGAAGAGAAGAAUCUUCACAUCAAUGAGCUUGAGAUGUUGGGAGCAUUUAAUGCUUUCAUGGCCUUUGCGGGCUCUAGGCGCAACUGUACCAUCGAGUUGAGAUUGGACAACACUACCGCGGUAGCGUAUGUGAAUAAAGAAGGAGGGACUCGCUCAGCAUCCCUGAAUAAUUUAGCGCUAGAUGUGGCUCGGUGGUGCGAGACAGGGAAUCCCGCAGGGGAGUGGACUGGAGCGAUUGGAGGUUACGUCCGGAGGUUUUUCAGGCUCUAUCGAGAGUAUGGAGGACUUCGGUCGACCUUUUCGCCAACCCGUGGAACAGUCAGCUAG